AUGUCUUCAGGCAACUCCCCGAGACGAAAGAAAAGCAGCAGCAGCAGUAGAAGGCACACUUCUUCUUAUGAUGAUGAUCCAUUGACAAAGCAACAUCAGUCAGGAGACCCAUGUGGCAAUGGUGGUGGUUUGAUUCACCAAAUCGGCAAACUGGUGGAAUACCUCGACAAUUCUUGCACUUCUACCGUCGAAGGCAUUCGAUUUCCCAGUGAUUCCACAACGAUUUUGGGAGAUAUGGAUACUGUGGAUUUGGAACAAUACGAAUUGAACACUGUCACUGACACGGUGGGUGAGACGACGAUUGGUACCAACGACAUUGAACCAGCCUACAGUUAUGCCACGGGGGAUGAUGCCUCGACGGCUGGGUUUUCGACUAGUACCCGAACCAGCUAUACGACUGCGACGAAAAGUAGAUCGCCGUCCAAAACCACCACCACCACCACCACCAGUCCUGUCAAAAAGGGACCUGUAGCCAGUUUCCACAUGGUGGGUCGAAUGCAUGCCAAAGUACCCCAGACCAACACUUCUUCAUCAUCACCUCUGAAGGAGAAAGGAACCUUUGAUGAUUCUUCCAUUGUCACGGCUCCCACUGAUAGUUUUACAAGCAGCAAAGCCAACGAUAGCAGCACUGCUUUGAUGGGAAACUUGCAACAUACCACCAUUGAAGAAGAAAAAGACGAAGUGGCAUCUGCCGACGAGCGAAAGGUCGCUGAAGCGGAAGCCUUACGUCAACAUCAACAACAGCAACAGCAACAAGCAGCUAGACAAGCGGCAAUUCAAAAGGGGCGCCAACAAGAAGCAGCUAGACAAGUGGCAAUUCAAAAGGCUGUUCAAGAGGCAUCUUCACCAGAGGACGCAGCAAUCUUGCAAGGGUUGGAUCUAUGUCGCAGGAUCCGACAAACCCAUCAUCAAUCGUCUACUCCGAUCCAAUACGAAGGGCAACGAAGCUACGAACAGGAACGUCCGCAGCAGCAGCAACAACAGCAGCAGCAGCAGUUCCGAGGAUCAUCCUCAUCCUCCUCUCUUGACAACCAAAUAGUGGCUGCCAAUGUCCCAAAGACCAAAAUGUACGGCGACCGAUUCUCUCCAGUAAACGCUGUCACCCAACACAACAAGUCGUCACCAACCAAAUCAUCUGCUGCUCUCCCUCCACCACCAGCAGUGCCCAAACACAGGUCCAGAUCCGCCAGAGUGUCCCAGAAGCUAAAGGGCAUUUUGCCAAAAGGAAGCAAGGCUUCUUUUUAA